AGCUCUAAUAAGAUAUAUACUUUGAAGUUUCACUAAAAGCCAGAUUAUGAUAUGAAGAAGAAAACGGAUGUUUCGUUUAAUGAUCUAAAAUAGAGAACACCAUAAUUUUUGUGGGUUUUUUUGGAUUUCUUAUUUUUUAUUUUUAUCUAAUUUGCUUCUCUCGGUGAAGCAAAAAGAAUAAACACUACGUUAGAGUUACGUACCUUGCUUACACUCUGCAAAUAGUAACAUUGUUAAUUUCGUCUUAGCUUAAGUAUUCCGAUAUUCUUUUAUUCCCGGAUACAAAACCUCUUACUUAUAUAGAUGUCGUAAUUGUUCAGGACAUCAAAGGUGGAUUCAAAUUAAUGCCGGCUGUUGAAAUGGAAGGCAAUCAGGAGACAGGAGAUAACUGGAAGAAUGUGAAAACCAUAGGAAAGGGCACUUUUGGAUUUGUUGAAUUAUGGAUAAAUGAAGAAACUCUUGAAGAACUUGCUCUGAAACAGAUCCAAGUUGCUCAAGAAUGUAAGCCGAAUGUGGUGUCCAUGUGGAAGAAGGAAAUUGAAAUCAUGAAAAAGCUAGAUCACAGAAAUAUUAUUCGUGUUAGAGAUACUCCUGCUGAACUGAAGUAUCUAGAAAGAAUGUAUCCCAUUUUGGCCAUGGAAUAUUGCUCCCUAGGCAAUCUUAGAAAGGAUCUGAGCCGGUCAUACUGCGGAUUUAGUGAGGCAAAUGUGUUGCAUUUCACCAAAGACAUCUCUGCUGCUGUUGCUUAUCUUCAUACAAAGCAAAUUGUUCACCGUGACAUAAAACCAGAAAACAUUGUACUUAAGGAAAUAGACAAUAAGGUUGUUUACAAAUUAAUCGACCUUGGAUAUGCUAAAGAUCUUAAUCACGGAAGUGUAUGCAAAUCAUUUGUCGGGACACUUAUAUAUGUUGCUCCAGAACUUUAUCGGAAAGAACACUAUACUCAUACAGCUGACUACUGGUCAUUAGGGACUGUUAUAUUUGAGAUUAUUACUGGUUACCAACCCUUCCUUCCGACUUACUCACCUGUUAAAUGGUAUGAAGAAGUUCAUAAGAAAAAAGAUGAUCACAUAUCUGUACAGUAUAUGCCUGAUGAAAGCAUUCAUUUCUCAUCAGAACUUCCGAAAUGUAUUAAACUUUGCAGUCCCCUAAAACAAAGCUUUGAAAAAUGGUUGAAGACGAUGCUUUUGUGGGAUGCUGAUGCUCGUGGCAACGACAGUAAAGAGAAAUCUAGCAAACAAUGGUGUUUCCAGCAAUUAGAGAAAAUACUAGAAGCUCAGAUACUGCGCAUCUAUCAUGUCACAAAAAACAAUUUGCUGUGUUAUAUGUUGGAACCAGAUCAAAGAAUUGAUGCCAUACAGAAUAUAAUAUCUAUGGAAGCUGAUGUCCCUUCGAAUGAACAAAUCAUUAUCAAAGGAGAUGGUCAUCUUAUUGAUCGGCAGCAAUUUGCUAAAGAUUUCCUCUCAAAUAAUGAUGAAGUAUCACUUUUUCUUCUUGAUAAGAGAAAUCUAAAUGGAAAACCAGAUUACAGUACCCAUUUGAAAUAUCCAGAACAAGUGCAGGUCAUUCUAGGAAAUGCCAAUAAUAAAUUGAACAAUUAUGAACCAAAGAGACUAUUUGCUGAAACAUUAUAUUUCUGUAAGAAUUUAGAAGAAAAAUCUCGGCGCCUUAUACAGAGUAUAGCAGCUUGCAGAAGAUCCUUAGCAAAUGAUCAUGAACAAAUUUUAAGUGAAAAAGGACAUCCCUGUGAUAUCAAGCCUCAAAUUUACUUAAAAGCUGACAUUCUUUCAAAAAGAUUGCAAAUGAAUGAAAAGAAAUUUCAAAGUUUAAAUCUAAAACCACCAGAAACAUAUAAUGAUGUUAUAAAUGACUGGAACAAAAUGAUUUCAGAACUGGAAAAAAUUAAAAGUUUUGUCCAACCGUCUGAAGCGAAAGAGGAAAUAGAUGAAUUUGUCUCCAGUAAUAUAAGCACAACUUCUUUUAACGAGAGAUAUGAAACUUUAAAAAAUAUACUUGAAGAGUUAAAUGACUUGUAUACGUCAAUGAACUUUGCAGAAGCAACUGUAGAUACCGUACAAGAAGAUGUAAAAGAUUUAGUAGAAAAUUGUAUUACAGAAUGGGAAGCUUUAUUUGAAGAAUGCCAUUCUUAUCGCAUUUCUUUGAAUUCCUCUUGGGUAUCAUUUUUGAAAACAACAAGGCAACUUCAGGAAAAAAAUAAGCGCAUUGAAUCUUUGCGUGAGGAGGAGAUAUCUUAUUUCUGGAAAUUAAUAGAAGCUGUUGCACCCAAAGAUGAACAACAGAGUAUGCGUUCACCAGUACAAGAAUGUACUCCUUCAUUUUCAUCAACCACAAAUUCACUGGAACUCAUCAAUGAUAAUAAAUUACUUCAUAAUGACUUUGAAAUGUUGGUUGCUGAUUUUCCUGAUUUUCCUGAUCUAUCACUCAAUUAAACAAAAACGAGCCGUGUUUCCACCAGGAUUCAAACCAUGAUCACAUCAUUCAUUGUACUUCUUGCAUAGUCUGUAUAAAAAAAUACAUCUGCCUAGCCAAUAUACAGCAAAUUAAUGUGUGUGAGAGGAAUAAUUUUUCCAGUAUUUCUCUAAUAAUUUUCAAAACGAUUGAGGUAGAUACAUUUUAUCCCUCAUUUCGCAAAGCUCAAUCCACUUGGCUUAUUUUUCGUACUAUACUGUGCAAUAGAUUAUUGAUAAUAAAUUGUCAUAUGCAUAAUGAACAGCGGGAGCGAAAAUGAUGACUUGCAUAUCUCUUCUUAAUGCAUUCCGGUAGAUUUGAACAUGAAUAUGCUAAUCACUGUGACAAAACACAGCUGUAACUAGUAUAUUCAUUAAGAAUAAAUAUGCAAGUCAUUGAGAUGAUU